AUGCCCGCGGACACCAGAAACACCAAACCACGCAAGGCCCACAAGAACCCUCGGGCUCCUCUCGCCUGCGAAUCUUGUCGAAUCAGAAAGAUUAAAUGCAAUCGCGAAUUGCCCUGUCAAAACUGCAUUGUGCGGGGUAUUCCUUCGCGAUGUGAUUAUCGUGGCCAUGGACCGAUCCCUGCGCCUAGUCUCCGCUCAGCCCACGCUGAGGGUAUGCAAGAACGGCUCAACCGAUUGGAGAAUCUUGUCACGACCCUGGUUGCACAAGAUGGUGUUCCCGGUCAAGUACAUCCUAGUUCUGAAGAUGGGAGUGGACAUUCGUCUCAAGAGGACGUGUCACGUGAGGCCGAAAGCACCUCGACAGCUAGUAUCCAACAUGGAUUAGGGGUGCUAAAAGUAGACGGCCAUAGCUCCGUAUACAGAGGCUCAACUCACUGGCGUGAUGUUAUGAAAGAGUUGACCGAGUUGAAGAGCUUCUGGAAUCAAGUUCAAGAUGACCAAGACGAUCUUCUUUCCCAAGUCGCCUUCUCAACAGGCACUGCCAAUGGGCCGGGAUUACUGUGUGGGGUUGUUAAACCAGUCGGAUUGGAGGAGCUUUUGGCAACCAUACCUCCGAAGUGCACGACUGACAAGCUGAUCGAACGAUUCUUUGAUAAAAAGAACUCUCCUAUUCCUACCUUUCACGUCUUGCACGAGCCCACUUUCAUGAAACAAUACCAGGCUCACUGGGAAAGCCCCUCGGAGACACAAAUCAUGUGGAUUGGGCUUUUGUUUUCCAUGCUUAGUUUGAUCAUGCUGUCAUUCUAUCUCAACGAUGAAGAACCUCCAGAGUAUGAGGGUACAUCUCGGUCCCUGUAUGAGCUUUACCGCCUCCGAACAGCUCAGUGUUUGAUGAUGGGAGACAUCACAAAAUGUGCACCGCACACAGUUGAGACAAUGAUUUACAAUUGCAUGGCAGAAUGGGCACAUAAUGGCGAUAGUGAGACCCGAGUAUGGAUGGUGGUAGGAUUGCUUGUACGGGUUGCGUUGCAAAUGGGAUAUCAUAGGCUUGUGGACCCUUCGCAGUAUCCCGAAAUCUCCAUCUUCCAGGGCGAAGUGCGCCGGAGAGUUUGGUGUUUCGUGCAAGGUCUCGACAUCUUGACCUCCUUUCUCGUCGGUCUUCCAAGCACGAUCCGCACAAUAGAUUCCGAUACACUGGCUCCCCGGAAUCUUCACGAUUGGGAGUUGACUGAGGACAUGACAGCCCUUCCUGAAUCGAGGUCACUCGAGGAGGAGACGCCGGUCUGUUAUAUGCUAGCAAAAAGGAAGAUCAUUUCAGUUGGCGGGGAUAUUAUCAGUCUCAUAGGAUCCUUGAGUCAGCAUUCCUACGACGAGGUACUCAAACUCGAUGACAAGAUGGCACAAGCUUACAAAGAGCUCCCUGCUCACCUCAAAAUGGACACCCCGGAGAGAUUGCUCAACGAAAUCCCAUAUCUCGUCAACCGUCGUAUACAAUUGGAAUUUCUUUACAACCAAAAUGUUUGCAUCCUGCACCGGAAAUUUCUGAUUCUGGGUAGAAUAGACGCUCGCUUUUCUAGAUCCUAUCAGCGGUAUGGAAUCAGCAUUGCGCUUACUCGAUCACCAGCAAUAUCUAUACGCCGAAACGAAAAUUAA